AUGAAGUCCCCAUCGCUCAUUUAUGCUCCUUUACAUUCCGUUGCAGAUGUGUACACAUCGGAAAAGACUGGCAACGAUGAAGAUGGAGACGGAACUGAACGAGUGCCAUUUAAGACCCCUCUAAAGGCGUUUAUCCUUGCUGCUGGAAACCCUGUCAAUGUAUUCGUGGACUGCGAGGAGGUUGGUGUGCGAUAUGAGCCCAUCUCUAAGUCUCAGUACAAGAAAGGGCUCAAGGCAUACCAAACGCACCUGAAACGGAUUGAGACGGCAAAGAAGGCUGCGGCAGCGGAGGAGGCGGCUGUUGCGGCGUCGCUAGCCGAUGCGGAAAAUUACAGCAUUGUAUUGGAUGAGUCGCUACCUAAGGCGUCCAAGUCCAUUAUCCGCAAGCUGGAAUCCCACCGAGGCGAGCGCGUGGUAGUGAGUGGGUGGGUGCACCACAUGCGUCGUCAGGGCAAGGGCAUGAUGUUCAUUGUGCUCCGAGAUGGCACCGGAUUCCUGCAGUGUGUUCUCACGGGAGAUCUAUGUCGCGUCAAGGAGGCCGUUCUUCUCAGCACCGAGACGUCUGUCACUCUCUACGGGACUCUAAACGUUGUGCCUGAGGGCAAGAACGCCCCAGGAGGUCACGAAUUGUCGGUCGACUUCUGGGAAGUGCUGGCUGCGGCCCCUGCGGGAGGAUACGACUUUGUGAUCAACGCUGAAUCUAACGUCGACCAGAAACUGGACAACAGACAUCUUCUCAUCCGCGGAGAGAAGUCGUCCAAGAUUCUGCGAGCUCGUUGUGAGAUCACUCGUGCUUUCCGCAGUCACUUUGAACACAACGGAUACGUCGAGGUGACCCCCCCCACGCUGGUGCAGAACCAGUGUGAGGGUGGCGCCACUUUGUUUAAGUUCGACUACUACGGGCAGGAGGCGUACUUGACUCAGUCUUCACAGCUGUAUCUGGAGACCUGUUUGCCGUCAGUGGGCGAUGUGUUCUGCAUGACUCAAUCCUACCGCGCGGAGAAGAGUCGCACAAGACGGCAUUUGGCAGAGUUCGUCCACGUCGAGGCUGAGCGAGCGUUCAUUGACUUCAACGAUUUGCUGAACACCAUUGAAGACCUUGUGUGUGAUACCGUAGACCGUGCACUGGCUGGUCCUGGAGGAGAGCUUAUUCGCGACAUCAACCCCGAGUUCAAAGCACCUACACGGCCCUUCAAGCGCAUGACAUACAGCGAUGCGAUAGAGUACUGCCGUGAGAACAACAUAAUGACGCCCGAAGGCACUCACUACGAAUUCGGAAUGGACAUUCCCGAGUUGGCUGAGCGAACCAUGACGGACCAAAUCGGCGUCCCCAUUCUGCUGACCAAGUUCCCCACUGAGAUCAAGUCCUUCUACAUGAUGCGAUGCAAAGACGACCCUCGAUUGACUGAGAGUGUUGAUCUGCUCAUGCCCAACGUCGGUGAAAUUGUGGGCGGGUCUAUGCGUAUCUGGGACUUUGACGAAUUGAUGGAGGGCUACAAACGCGAAGGCAUUGACCCCACCGCGUACUACUGGUACACUGACCAGCGCAAAUAUGGGUCAGUCCCACACGGAGGUUAUGGACUGGGGCUGGAGCGGUUCUUGGCCUGGAUGCUGGGACAAUUCCAUGUGCGAGAUGUAUGCUUAUAUCCCCGUUUCGUCGAUCGAUGCCAGCCUUAG